CAAUUUGGAUUUGGUUACACGAAAUUUAGACCAGGAACAACUCCGGAGACUGCAACAAAACAUAUCUUCAACCAGAGCCGGCGCUGGUGCACAUGAGGAUGAUAGGAGCUCGCAUUCCGGUAGUCUUGGGGAAGAUAGGACGAAAGACCACUCCGCGACGUCUUUAAGCUUUGGUGGGUUGCAGCAGCAACCACAAGGUGGUGCGUCUGCUUCUGCGAUUUCGAGUCCCUCCGGAGCUGAUAUGAACGCUGUAAACCUGUUGAAUCAAGAGGACGAUUCUUUGUCCAGGUCAAACGAGCUGUUAUGAAAGCCUCAGAAAGGAAAUUCUCAAAGUGGAAAUAAUUUGUAGUGCAUGGAAUGCUACACCAAAAAAACUGUAUUGCAGAGAACGCAAUGGAGGCCGACUAUUGUGCUUCUACGGGUCCAGAAUUGGGCUGCAGAUUAGCACGAGAGAAGGGCACCCCUUUGCCUCACUAGCAUGACAGACACGCUUUGAGUGCCCAAGAAAUUUGUCAUGCGCCGACUAGAAAUGGUGCUUCAACUGGUGUCGUUUUUUUUGCAUUACAAAUCAUUUUCACUGUGAGGAUUUCCAACCUGAGGCCUUCAUAGCUGCUGCAGAUGAACGAGGAGACACUAAACUCGGCGGGAGUUUUAGAACCCGACAGACGUAGCAGCAACAACUCAACCAGUGACAUCGGAGGUGCUGGUGCACAGAAUCUGACCCCUAAUAACGCGACUUUAACGAGUGUUAACGGAGGUACGGUUGGAGGUAUGGUAGCAGGAACUACGACAGGAGGUGUUCCAUCUGGCGAUGCAAGCACUCUGAACAGGGUCGCGAGACCGGAGGGAAGUAUGAUCGCGGAGUCGCAAAGCUUGAGCAUGUUGG